UUAAAAUCCGAAUCUUAUAGGGUUUCGCAGUAAUUAGGAGAAAGUUGGAUGUCAAAGUGAGGAACGACUCCCCCCCUCCAAAAAUCCCGCACUCGAAUCGAAUCCCUCGCUCUCCCCCCGAGCAGAGAGAGAGAUGGAGAGAGAGAGAGUGAGAGAGAUCGAGUACAUGAAACUGUGUAUGAGGAAGCUGGCCAUGUGGUUUACUAGGACCUUCAAGCCCAUCAUGACCCACGAGGAGCUCGAGCCAAUCAUGGCCACACUCGGCUUCGUCGGCCUUCCUCCCUCCACUCCCAACGCCGCCAUUCCUUGGAAGGAGUACCUCUACACGGCGGGAGGCAGCUGGCGUAGCAAUUCAUCUUCGGGUUUGAGUCCUGCCGAGGCGCCGCCGAAGCCGAGGCUUCCCUACCCGAGGAUCGACGGCCUCCACAUCUACACCUACAGGGCCUUCCUUGACGCCGUUAACUUCUACAUCGACCUGUCUGACAUCUCCGAUCUCUUCCAUAUCAGGGGAAUGCCUUUCCACUCGGUACAUGAUCAUAAGAGGAAGUGGCGUCGUAUGGAAGAGGAUGAAAGUGUGUUUGUUUACAGGGAAGGAACACUGGAUCAGGGGACAUACAAUGUAUAUCACUUUGAUAAGAGCAGCAGCAGUAACGACAGCAGAAAUGGGUGCAGUUCCAUCGUCAUAAGAAAUAAAGGCAUCAAUACCCCAGUCAGCUGCAUUGUCUCUUUAAAAGACAUCAUAGUAUGAUUACUACCAAGUUUGCAUAUAUAUAUCAAGCAAAAUUUAAAGUCAUACAAAAUUUUGUUUCAUAAAUUCCCUCCCUUUUGGAUUUUUCUCCAUUUGAGAUUCGUGUUUGUGCACAUCUUUUUUGGGCAAACAACGAGCAACAUUUUUUUUUGGUUUGUAAUGGUAGGAGAUGUCAAAUGUCAAUGGUUUCUUUGUUUCAAUUUUUAGACAUGGCUCUGUUUAUGCAGAGUUAUGAAAUAUGGACCAGCUCUACUGGUAGGAAUUGUUAAAUGGCCA